GCUGCAUGUGGUGGUGACUUCCCUUUUUGCCGCUCCCGUCAUGGGACAGACUGCACUCAACUGACCGCUCGUUUCAGAUGUAGAAUUUCGAGAGGAGUCUAAAAUCUGACACACAAAUCCGGUAUCUAAAGAUGCGGUACUGUUCUAACCUGUUGAAGUUGGCCUUUGGUCGCGAGAUCUGCUGACGGAAAUAUUAGUUCAUCGAAAGGAAACCUCCUUGGUCCAUCCAGAUGACAUUCUCGGCUGACUUCCCCUAUUCUAUGCGUGACAUUUGAGCAAACACUGCCUUGGAGUCACAGAUGAAUAUUCAGCUUUCAAGACAAGUAGUGAUGGAGAAGAAACUCCCGGGCCCGGCACACGUGGACAGACCGGCCGACCUGCCCGGCUGCGUGACCACUAAGGAGGAGGAGAGUUACCUGGAGGUGGAGCAGGUGUACCGUUACGUCACCACCGGCAGUCUGUACCGGACACUGUCGGGUGUCAGCCGCCAGUCGGCACAGUCUGGGGGGCGUGGACAGGAUUCGGAUGUAUCAGACAGCAGGGAGAAGUGGUCGUGGCGGGCUGUGGUGGUCGGUGUGGUCGCCUUCGUGCUGGCCAUCACACUGGCUCUGGCACUCAACCUCUCUGUGUCCACUGGGUCUUCAGACCAGGUUGAAGAAGAGGGUGAUGUGAUACGUGAAGACUUACCUCCAAAAGAGCAGAAGCCAGCAACAACCGAGCAACACACCAUCACUGUUACUGAGGAGACAAGAACAGACAGCAAAGCUCAGCCAAUCAGAGACGCAGAGGAGACAACUCCAACAGUCACGACCAGCGUGACACAGACACAGUCAUCAACACCGACCCCCCCACCCACCACUACCACAACCAUGGCUACAACCCCACAGGACGUCAGCCCUACUGUAGCAGCCAUGGAACUGUCAACUCUGACACCGUCCACACAACCAGUGUCCACAGAAAAAGGGUAUGUGCUGCACGGAGGCCCAGGACAGUACCCGUGUGCUGAUGCUGACAGGACAGCUGCUGUAAUCCCUGUGUACCAGGUGUGUGACGGGACACCCGACUGUCCUGAUGCCAGCGAUGAGCAGGAAAUGUUGUGCCCCCCGCUAGCCUGUUGGUCGGUGUUGAAGCCUAUCCGUAAUGCCCAGGACUGUGACAACAGAGUUCACUGCAGUGAUGGGAAAGAUGAGGAUCCUGACAGAUGUGCCCCGUUCCAGUGUGCAGAUGGCAGUCGGCUGGUUCCUCGGUACUGGAAAUGUGACGGUGUCAGACAGUGUCCGGAUGGAAGUGAUGAGAGCCCAGAUAUGUGCAGACCGUUCAGCUGUGCCAGGAGGCAGCACGACUCGUCUGUCCCGUGGUUCCGCACCUGUGACGGGCUGAUGGACUGUGAUGAUGGGAGUGACGAGUGGGCACCUCACUGCAGCGUGUGUGAUAUAGGCUGGAUGGAGCACCAGGGUCUGUGUUUCCUGUUCUAUGUGUACGGAGAGUUGCCCUGGGCCGUGGCGCGAGACGCCUGCCGAACUUUCAGCCCUGGAGCGGACCUACUGGUGGUGGACAAGCCGGAGGUCCUCAACUUUGUCAGCAAAACCAUCCGCAGUCUGGACCCCAGGUGGAAGAAAGGGAAGGGGUUCUACUGGUGGAUAGGCUUCCAGCAGCAAACUGGAGGAGGAGACUAUGCCUGGUUGGAUGGGACGUCCGUGACACCUGCAGCGAUACAGAACGGAGACUGUGGAGCGUUGAAGUUCCCAGGGGGAAACAAGCCACAUCAGUACACAGGGGAAACUUGCCAGGUCAAACUCAACUUUGUCUGCAGGACUCUGCCCAGACAAGUCAAGAGGAACUGAGAUAACAAAACACAAUAUCUACUGAUAUAUCAAAAGAGAAAUUCAAUACAAAAGUGUACAAGCAGAACUUGUGGAUUCGUAGGAUUGGGGCGAAUUGCAAUUGAUUGCUUUUAGUCUACCUCUUCUACUACAUGUACUAUAGAGAAGAAUACACUAUUCUCCUGUGGAGACUUCUAGGAGUGGGUUAGCAGCAUUUGUUUUUACCAGGGGUUUAGAGUGGCAUUUUCCUUUUUAGG